AUGGCGAACUUGGACAAAGUCGAUCACCGGGAGAUUGAGGACGCAGCCGCCGUGCCUAAUGAUGGUCCGGACAAGAACCACACCAACUACAACUUGGUGGACCACGAGGUUGCCAAGUACGCCACCGAGGCAGCCAUCCCGAUCGAUGAAGCCACCAACAAGCGGCUCAAGCGUAUGAUCGAUAAGCGCGUGUUGGUCGUGAUGAUGAUUACCUAUUUGAUUCAGACGCUCGACAAAGGGACUCUGUCCUUUGCAUCAAUCAUGGGAAUACAGGAGGAUACGCAUCUCAAGGACAACGAGUACUCCUGGUUGACGACAGUGGUGUAUUUGGUCAUCCUGACCGUCGAAUACCCUGAGAACUGGAUCAUUCAGCGCGUGCCCAUCGCCAAGUGGCUUUCCUUGAACAUCCUACUUUGGGGGAUCUGCAUUACAUUGAUCGCUGCUGUCAAGAACUUCACCGGGCUGAUUAUCUUGAGAGCAUUCAUGGGUGCCUUCGAGGCGGCGUGUCAGCCCACGUUCGUGCUGCUCUCCUCGACCUGGUACAAGCGGGAGGAGCAGGCCAGUAUCAUCAAUUUUUGGUAUAUGAUGAAUGGCCUUCAGAAUAUUGUCGGGGGCUUAUUGGCCUUCGGCUUUUCGUUUAUCCCCUCGAGUUCUCCAUUGAAAUCUUGGGAGGCACUCUUCAUGUCUUAUGGCAUCCUCACGGUCAUUUGGGCCAUCUUUGUAUACUUUUGGAUGCCGGAUAGUCCCAUGAGAGCAAACUGCUGGUCAGAAGAAGAUAAACGGCUGAUGGUGGAACGUGUCCGACAAAACCAGACGGGUUUACAAAACAGGAACUUCAGGAUCGAACAGGUUCGGGAUGCUUUCACCGAUCCACAGCUUUAUGCGUUUGCACUCAUUCAACUCCUCACCACCAUCCCCUCUGGGGGCAUUGGCGCCUUUGCUAAUCAGAUUGUGAACGGAUUUGGGUACAGUGUUUGGGAAAGUCAGCUUUUGAUGAUGGUUGUCGGUGCCGUCACAGCUAUCACGAUGGUCUUGUCCGCCUAUUUGGAUCGCAUUUUCAACCAGACAAUUUACAUCAUGAUGCUGUCCGUAAUCCCCUCGAUCCUUGGGACAUCAAUUCUGGUCGGCAUCCCAUAUUCACCGAGCAAGAAGGUUGGAAUGUUGAUUGCGUACUUCAUAUUCUAUGCUUUCUUUGCGGUAUCGUCUUUAUCGCUUGCAUUGCUGUCCCGCAAUGUUGCAGGCCAGACGAAAAAAUCCAUUCUGAUCGCUUCGAACUUCAUCUUCUGGGCGGCCGGGAACUCCAUUGGGCCGCAGGUCUUUCGAGACAAGGAUGCACCCCGCUACUUUCUCGCCUUUGCCAUUUUGCUCGGUUGUUUUGUGCUUGUUGUGCUUGUUCUGAUGGCCUUGAGAUUGUGGUAUUCUAUCCAAAACCGACGACGCGAUGCAAAGAUCGCCUCCGGUGAAGUGUUGCCGGAUGUCCAUUUUACUCACGGGUUUGAGGACAUUACCGACCGCGAGAAUCCUCAUUUUAGAUUCAGCUAUUGA